CAAAUUGUUAACUAAAUACUUUAACUAAAAUGCAAAUGACUAUCAAGUUAAGAAGUGUAGUUUUGAAUUAUAGACUGUAUCCCGAAAUUAAUGGUUACACUUUACAAUUUCUGUAAGCGCGAAACACCGUAACCUGAGGCACCCGUAACGCUGGAGGGGGGUAUAUCCAUAAAUAUUCCAAUAGAUUUAUCUCCCUUUGUUUUGAAAACGAAAACAACCGACUCCGAUCUACCGGAAAUCGAAGAUAUUGCCCACAAUCCUUUACUUUCUACGCAUCCGUUGUCUUGUUUGUCUCGCACAUGUUUAUUUACAUCAUUUUCGAGUCGUUUGGACUGUUAGCGUGAAAAAAAUGACUCAUAUAACUAAACGGAAAUAUGUGGCAAAUGAAUUACUCUACGAAUUUGUUCUUCCAGAAAGCAAUCAAUACAUAGUUAAGGUGAAACACUGUCGUGGUAACAACUUGCAUGAAGUUUGGAAUGAAAAGGGAGAAGAACUUCUUGUCAGCAUGCCACCAAAGUUUCGAAACCAUUUUUACAUCUUAAAAGGGAUGUUUCUCAUAGUAGAGCCGAUAGCUGAAGGUGUAAAGGUGAAAGCUGAAAUUGUUAGAAUCCUUUAUAAGGAACAAAUAAAUUAUAUUAUUAGUAAAGGAGUAUGGCCUGAAGCGUUUGCUGCAGAUGUUGCUAAUAAAAAAGAUGAAGCACAGAUUCCUGAUGAUAUGUUACCACCUUCUGACUCUGAUGAAGAAGAUCUUGGUACUUUAGUAAAUAACUACAACAGACAUGUGUGUCCCGCUCAUAUUCCCAAUUCAGACUCCAGUGAUAGUGAGGAAGCCUCUGAUAACUGUGAUGAUAAUAACUCUGAGAUUGAAACUCUUUCUAAUAACAAAGCUGACUCAAAUAAUGAGAGCAAAGACAGUUCAGAUGUAUUUAAGACAGAUAAUGACCAAAUAAGUCGAGUUUCUUCAAAUAUAUUAGAUUUAGAUAUAAAUAAAUCUGAUAAGUAACCUGUUACCAUUUGUCUCUUACAUAUCUUUUUGACUUUAUUUCAGUAGAUAUUAUAUAUUGAAAAAUCAACUUGAAAAACUCACAAACCAUGAAAUCUGAUUGGUUUCAUGAUAUUUUUUGUUGUUUAUUUUAAUAAUUUUAUAUGUUUCCUAACUCAGAAAUUGAUCCAUUCCUAGGAGCUAAAUGGAUAAGUGAGGAUAUAUUAUCUAAAAAAACAAUAAUUAUAAUCAGUCACACAUUUAUUGUUGGGUAAAUACUGUGCAUUCUAUGUUAUUCUUAUCUCAUAGUGUGCAAGUUACUUUUAUGUAUUAUGUAUUAAAUUAGAACAUAGGGAUGGCUGAAUGGUUAAGAAAGGUUUUAGGUUUGAUUUUACUGUGUGACAUCUUAGGUAAGAGCAUUUACACCAUAGCUUUGGGUUGACUUAAGCCCAGUUAGUGAAUUUGGAUUGAUAGAGACUCAUUUAGAUGGACUAUUUGUAAUUCUAAAAAUCCAUCCUUGUCACAUUUGCAUCAUGCUGAUUCAUCAUCAUUUAAUGUCCACUUUCUCUGCUGGCAUAGGUUGGAUGGUUUUACAGGAUCUGGUGAGCUUCAAGGCCAUGUUGAGCACCAAUGUCAGCUUUAGCAUGGUUUUCACACUUUACAGAGUGUACUGGGUGCAUUUUUCUGUGCCACUAGCACUAGUGAGGUUGCCAGGUAACUUGCUAGACGGAAGAGCAAGGAUAAUAAAAAGGAAAAGCUUUUAAAUUGGGAGUAUUUGGGAGGAAAAAAGUGGCUUUAUGUCAGAUGUUGAAAAGCUGAAGUACAAUAGAGGUAUAAGCACAAGUGUCUUGCUAUUCUACUUGAAAAUUACAUUAAGAGUCUGUUGAAUACUCCACAUACUAACUCAAUAAGCAAGAUGUCUAGGUGAUCAAAAACCACCUGGAUGCCCAGACAUUGAAAUUAAUGCUAAUAUUCCUCAUUAAAUUUGAACUGCUGCCUCUAAGUGUUCUGUUGAGUUAUCCUUCAUUUGGCUUAGCCAGGUGUUAAUAAAGUAUUCAACAUGGAAUCAGACAUCAAUUCCCAAAAGAAUAA